UCAUUUUUUUCAUGGUGACUUACUUGAUGGAGAAGGCAGGUUCCUCCGUCUACGCAUUCAAGAUGACAGAAAUGGGAUCCUCGGCGCGGCUCUUUCUGCUCGGACUGCUGCUGUGCCUGCAGCUCGGCAGAGCUCCAGCUCGCACUCCCCGCACGGCGGUGGACCAGGUGUCCGAGGCCGACAUCCAGCGGCUGCUGCACGGCGUCAUGGAGCAGCUGGGCAUCGCUCGGCCCCGGGUGGAGUACCCUGCGCAUCAGGCCACGAACAUCGUCGGGCCUCAGAGCAUACAAGGUGGUGCUCAUGAAGGCCUGCAGCACCUCGGUCCUUACGGAAACAUCCCAAACAUCGUGGCUGAGCUGACAGGCGACAAUGUUCCCAAAGACUUUAGCGAUGACCACAGCUACCCAGACCCCCCAAACCCCUGCCCCCUGGGAAAAACGGCUGGAGACGGUUGCUUGGAAAAUGCUCCGGACACGGCUGAGUUCAGCAGGGAGUUUCAGAAACACCAGCACCUCUUCGACCCAGAGCAUGACUACCCCGCUCUGGGAAAGUGGAACAAAGAACUUUUAUACCAAAAGCUGAAGGGAGGACCAAAGAGAAGGAAAAGGAGCAUCAACCCUUAUUUACAGGGUCAAAGGUUGGACAAUGUGGUCGCCAAGAAAUCUGUUCCCCAUUUCUCAGAAGAAGAAGAAGAAGAAGCAUCGACCACCGCGGCUCCCAGCAAACCUGCAAUCUGAAAUUUGGGAAAACUUGGAAAAUGUUUUCCUCUCAGAAAAAUGUUUGUAGGCUGCACAUUCCAGGAUUUGUUUCAUUAGUCACUGGGACAGUGUUUUCAGCAGAAACGCUGCAUUUUCAUUGACUUAAACGUAAAAAUGUGCCAAGAUUUAUCUGGUGAUUUGCCUAAAGCACAGGUGUCAAACUCAAGGCCCGGGGGCCAAAUCUGGCCCGCCGUAGCUUUUUAUGUGGCCCUGCAGACUCC